ACAGCAAAGGAUCUCCCGGGCUCUUUACUCGCCCAGAGCAGUUCCGCGCGAGGGCCUCCCCUGCACGCCGCCGACGAUCUCGGGCCGGGAGUCCCGCCUCGGGCACCCGGGAAGCGGCGGAGCCCCCGGGGGGCAGGAGAUGGCGUGAGCUGCGAGUCGGAAGAGCGGCCCCUCCCCUUCCCCGAGCCCUCGCCACUUUCAGCCGCCGCGAAGCGACGCGGGUCUCCUCUGCCACCCUGGGACGCUCCAACCACCAGCCGCGCUCGUUGAAGCCCAGCGGCGCAAAGCCCAGGGUCGCCUGCGGGCGUCCUCCGGGGCUCCUUCAUUCCGCCGCCCGUUCCCGGGGCCGUUUCGUCUGCGAAAGCAAUUAGGGCUUUGCCCGGCCCAGCCUCCCCCCCCCCCGGGCCUUCCUCCCCUAAGAAGCGCCAGGGAGCCAGACCCGCGACGGGCACAAGGGGGGCGGAGGGAGGGGAAGGAGGCCACCGGGCGAUCGCCGAGAGCCGAGGCAGAAGCGCAGCCCGCAGCCCGGCCUCUGGGCUGGACGGGGCGGAGCGAGCGGCCGAGGCGGGAAGAGCCAGGGGCGGCCAUGGCGGCGCGGGCGGAGCGGGGGCGCCGCGGGGCGGCGGAGCAGCUGGAGAUGGAGACGCGGAUGCGGGACGGGCUCCGCAAACUGCUGGCCGCGAGCAGCCGCCGGGACCAGGCCAUGCGCGCCGCCAAGGCGCUGGCCCUCUGCGACGCCCGUCUGCGGGCGCUCCGCGCGGACCUCCGGCGGCGGAACGAGGCGGCGGCGGGACGAUGUUCAGAUUUUGCAGCUGAAGAUCGUACAGCCUGUAGAGGGAAGGUUGGCAUUUCAGAUUUACGAAUUCCAUUGAUGUGGAAAGACUCCGACCAUUUCAACAACAAAGACAGAACCGAGCAUUACUCGGUUUUUUGCUUAUUCAAAAUAGGAGCUGAGGUGUAUGAUUCAGACUUGCUUAUUGUGGAUAAGGCGGCAACGGACAUAUGUUUAGAAAAUGCAACAAUAUUCGAGGGAGCUGGGCCAGACUUCCAGCUGAAGGUGGAGGUGUACAGCUGCUGCUGUGGGGAAGGCCCCUUGACCCUCACCCCCAGGAAGCUAGUCAAGAAGUUGAAGACCUCCCUGGGAAAAAGCACCGGGAAGAAAUUCAGCUCUGCCUUGGAGCAGAGCAGCCUUGAGACUCUCCUGCUCACCGAAACAGCCACACCCAGUGGCCUGGGAUACAGCUUGCUGGCUUCUGCCUCCCUGAGCCUGGAGAGUGCCCAGGAGGGCUUCCACGCCCACAGCCUUUCGCUCCUGGGAAACGAGGACUCUCCUUCUUGGCUUCCACUGUAUGGCACCAUGUGCUGCCGCCUGGUUGCUCAGCCAGACUGCAUGACCCAGGAUGCCAUGGCCGGAUUUCUUAAGGAACAGCCAUCGGGGGGUGUCCCGGGGGAGACCUGGAGGCGGAGAUACUGCGUGCUAAGAGGGGGCCGGCUGCUCUGCUUCUCUGCCCCCGAAGAAAGAGAGGCUGUCGUGGAGCCAGCCUUGUCCGUUCCCAUCAACCGGGGAACUCAAAUCCGUCCCGUGGACAAAGAGGCGGGGGGCGAGGCCAACCUUUUCUCCGUGAUCAACCCUGAGCCUGGCGAGGCCGCAGCUCGGCUGUUCCAAGCAGAGAGCCGGCAGGACCUUCGCAAGUGGAUGGAAGCUUUCCGGCAGCACUUUUUUGAUUUCAGUCAGUGGAAGCACUGUUGUGAGGAGUUUAUGAGGAUGGAGACCGGGUCCCCUCAGAAGCCACCGCUGUUCUUGGCCAAAGAAGCCACUUCGGUUUACCAAGAGCUGAGCAUUGAUUCACCAGUGAAGCCUGACCCUGUAGCUGCCACGGCUCAGGGGGAGGAGGAGGAAAGCAGGCUGGCCUCGUUCGCUGGCGUGUCCCAUGGCUCUUCUCUGAAGUGGAGUGGGAGCAGCCCCCAAGGAAGCCCGGACUCCCAGGGGAUAAGCGAAGGAAGGGAGCCCCCUUCCAGGCCCUGAUCUGGCUCCCUGCAGCACUGCGCCCAGAGGGAGGCCUCCAAACCGCAGCCUCCUGCACGCUGGCACGGCUCCCGUGGGCCCCCACACCGCCUCCUGCUGCUCCUCGCUCUCGCAGACCCGCCUGGGCAGCCCGAUCUGCCAGCCUAGGGGUGUCCGGCUGAUGUUCAGUUAUGUUUUCAUCUGGGGGGGAGAGAAAUGGGGUGGGGGGGAGCUUCCUUUGUCCCCUGAAAACUGAAGAGGAGUCAACUUCCCCACGGUAUUUCUUGUUUCUGUCCUGGUCCCUGUUCUUUCUCUCUCUCUCUCCCUCUCUCUCUCUGUCUCUCUCUCUCUCUCUGUUUUUUUUUUUUUAGUGAAGAUACAACUCGGUUACAUUCUUCAGCCCGGGGAAUACCCCAAGGGCUCAAGUGGUUUUCUAAUGUCCCUCUGAAUAAUUUCCACAGCCAGUAGCAGAAAAUUGGAUGGGUUUAUAUUAGGAAAAGUGGAUGCUGCAUUGUAAACAGAAUCAAAACAGAUACUUUAUAUUUAAAUAACAUCAGAACUUUUAUUCUGCUGAGUGGAACUGGUACAACGUAAAGGUACUUCUCUCAAAUAUUUUCUCUUUGAGGUCCCUGUUUCCCACAAGUUUGACUUUAUCAAAGAAAGACUCCUAUGUUGGUUACGGACGGCACAUCUGCAGGGCAAAGGAAAACAAGGAAUUUAGCUGUUGGCACAGUAGUUCACGGCUGUUCAUCAAGUUGUGUUUUCUCUAUGUAUUUAUUUUGCUUGGUAGUGUGUGAGAUCCAUUAUGUACUGUGGAGGUUUGCGUUUAUCUGUUUUUCAAGCAGUUUUUAAAAAAAAAAGAAUAAAGGAAAUGUAGCAAAGUGAUAAAGGAA